CGAAGACACUUGAUUUUGAAGUUUGAGCAAGCGCAGCAAAUUGAGAUACUACACCGCGCCGUAACUUGUUGCUGGGAAAGGUGACGCCGAAUUCAGUUUUACCUCCGAUAGACAGGCUGAUGUUAAAACAAUAAAGUGAGAGACUAGGCGUUCCAUAGAAGAAACAGGCAUUUUUAUAAAGUAUAAGCAAAUCUAAGGGCGCGAGCUUUUUUGUGAUGGUGGUGGCGGCGGUUGUGGUGGCGGCGACGACGACGUGGAUGAAGAAUAGAUGAUGAUGAUGAUGACAACUUUGAUGGCGACAAAGAUGCCGACAGUGAUAAUGAUAAGGACUAUUAUUUCUGCAGGCCUACCGAAACAGGAAUGGCCUAUUUAAAAAAAUCGUAAAAGCGGGAUCAGGCUAUUUUCUACGACGUGCAACAAUGGCAAGGAUAUCUAUUUUAAAAGCAAUCUUUACUCGAUCGAUGUUCGCAACACAUGCUCUUGUCUCAAUCUUCUAUGCUGUUAAUACCCUCGACAACUUAACCUAUUUUGCUAUAUGUGUGUCGUUGGUGGCGCUAGGCUUUGAAACCGCAUUUACCAUCGUGAAACGGGAAGGAAAAGAAUGGAAAUGGUUUUGUCCAAGUGUAUUUUUCUAUCUCUGCUGCAUGGUUCCCGUUGUCUGGAUACUGGAGCUUGACAUAUUUAACAUGCGCAGCAGUUCAGUUAAUAACGUUCAGUCUGAGUCAGAUGACCUGUGGCUCAUCAUUACGGAACAACUGCUGUUGUUGGUCCUCAUACUUGGUCGUUGGAUAUUACCGAAGGGUGAUGUAACACGUGAUCAACUUUCGCAGUUACUUUUGGUCUACAUUGGUACAGCCGCUGAUAUAAUAGAAUUCAUGGACGUACUGAAGGAAGAAAAUGUAAAAAAUAAUAGAAGUCUUAUUUGCAUUGUGCUUUUUGUCUGGUCGUGGAGUCUAAUACAAUUCACCCUUGCAGUGACGGUGACUAGGGCACGUAAGGCUCGACUGGCCAUGGAUAACUUCGGGAGAACCGACGUUAAACACAAACCAAAGAGGUCGCUCUUCAAACGCUUUCCAAAGUUUGCAUCGAUGGCGAUAAAAGAUAUUGUGAAGACGUCAACGUUAAACAACAACGGCCAGGAGACACCGGAGAUAGAGGACAUUGAAGACAUUGGCAUUCUUAAGUGUAUGGAGUCGGAUUCCUGGGCUAUCAUGGUAACACUUAUCCUACAGGAUGGACCUUUCUUUAUCGUACGCAUUAUACUUAUAGUUUUCUUUAAUGUUGUCAGCUACACUAGUAUUUUCUUUACUUGUAAAAAUUUAAUGGUACUUGCUUUGCUUAUAUAUCGCUUGUUUGUGCUGUACAAGGAAAGCAAAGAUGUCGAAGAAGAUGAAAAAGAAGAAGAAAUGAGCAAAGAAACGUACAGUAUUUACAAAACCAGCUUUGGUGUUGCAUAUAGAAUUGUUCAACUCAAUCCGACAGAAUAGGCCCUAAUUGUCAACACUAAUUGUAUUCAAGUGAGUGUGGGUGUGUGUGUGUGUUGGGGUAGAGGGGAGGGGUGGUGUUGAAUUAUUGUGAGUCGAUUACCUUGUUUGUAUCAGUUAUUUCUUCCUUAUUUUGAAAAAAUAUAUAUUGAAUAAUAUGGACUUCUAUUUCCGAUGAUCUAAUUAAAGGACGAAAUAUUGAAUUACAAUAAGGCAUGUAUAAUUAUAUUUUAUUUGGAGUUUAUAUAUAUAUACAUAUAUAUAUAUAUAUACAUAUAUAUAUAUAGCCUAUAUUAUAUAUAUAUAUAUAUAUAUAUCUUAUAUUUUUUAUUUUGACCAACCUAUUCUGGAUACACAAGUUCAAGGGUAAGAGCAAACGUAGUCGAAAAGCCUUACUAGUCAUUCAAUACAGGUCAAUAAUAAAAUCAAUUCGCAGCACAUUUUUGAGAUCUUCGGGUUAUCUGAGAUGCAGAUUCAAUAUAACCGGAAAUCGAAUUGGAUUUCUAAUAAUAGCAACUUUUCGUUAAUCCUGUAAUAGGAACUCUAGAUUAUUUUAGAAUUCCUAUGGAUUAUUUGUAUGAGCAGCGCCCUCUCUAGAUUGAGUUCCGCGGAGAAGGAAGACGGACGAGUGUGCUAUGAGCGCUCGUUAAAGUGUUUACAGAGUUAAAUUGUACACAGAGUUAUAGUACGUUCAAACUCAAUAAAGGUGUUAGUAUUGUUGGAAA